AUGUUUCCUCAUGAGUACAGCAGUAAUCAUAAAUUGGCAAAGAGACGAAACAAUGGCGGCGCUCUUGGUACAUCUCAAUUAUCAGCUCCAUUGGAACAUAACUACAUUUCGCAGGAGCUCGGGAAAUUCCUGAAGAAGUCCUCACUGCACUGCUACCACUAUCUUAUGGAGCCCGAAAGGAGUCGCCUUGAAUUCUGGUUCUGGAUUCUCAUUCACACUAUCAUUGUUGUCAUGUGCGCCAUAAUUGGCAUUAGCAGUUGGAACAAGUUCACAUCCAAUCCCCUCGUGACAUCUCUGCAUGACACUCAUUAUCCUAUUGAGAAGGUGCCUUUCCCCGCCGUCUCCAUCUGCAAUAAUAACAGACUCUCGAAGAAGGCAUCCCUGGAAUACGCCAAGGAAUUAGCUGAAAGGGACCCUGAGAGACGUGAUGUGGAUUAUUUCUUUGAAAAAGUCCGCCUCCUGGGAAAGCUGCAUGACUACGAUGUGGAUGGAAGGUCAGAUUUCCUGGCCUUUCAUGAAUUGCUGGAGAAACUCUCGUUCGCAAAUGACUCUGUCAGCUUCGACAUAAUGAAAAUCAUUCGAAAGCUCACGCCGCACUGCUCUGACAUCCUCCUGCAGUGUCUAUGGCUGGGCCAGGAGCAGCCCUGCAUGAAUCUCUUCUCUUUCAGGCGCACACAGUACGGUUUUUGCUGCACCUUCAACUACAUUCGCAAGGACAGCUCGGAAGAUCCACAGAGGAUGGUUUACUACACGGACAGCAAGUCUUGGGAUAUGGGAUUGGUGGUGACAUUAAACGCAUCCUUAGACGACUACUACUACCCAAUGUUCAACUUGGAGGGCUUUGUAAUCACUGUUUUUGGCAAUGACGAAUACCCCGACCCAUCUGCUGGUUAUGUCUCUGAAAUACUCAUAUCCCCGGGCUACGAGAACUACCUCAAAGUGGAUGCUUACUCGACAUUUGCGGAGAGGAGUGUCGCCAAUUACGAAGUGGACACGAGAGGCUGCCUUUUUGACGACGAGAACAAAAUGAUGAUGGAUGUUGCGUAUUCCCGAGCAGAUUGUGUGGUGAAUUGCAGGAUAAAGAGUAUCAUUCGACUGUGCGAGUGUGUUCCAUUCUUCUUGCCACACGCAGAGAGCUUUCGGGAUGGGACGCACUGUCGUGUGUGCGAUCUGCAGGAUCUGCCGUGCCUGGAGAAGUACAAAAUUAAAUGGGCAACAGUUGUGAAUCAAUACGAAGGCGUGCUGAAGUAUGACAUGAGAGAGGUUGAGGAGUCCCUCUAUUGUCCUGAUUGUCUGCCGAAAUGCUCAGAUACCAAGUACAAAGUCAGCACGGUGAGUUUGCCUCUCCAGAAACAAUUCAAAAACUCCACAGCACUCCUAAGCGGAAUUGUAGACGUCUCAUCAAUAUCCACAGUGAAAAUCUACUUCGGCUCCGCUGAGGCUUGGGUGUAUCGCCAGGAUGUUGCGCUGUAUUGGUUCCAAAUAUUUAGCUUCCUUGGCGGAAUAAUUGGAUUGAUGUCAGGAUUCUCCAUCAUAAGUAUAUUCGAAGGAAUCUGGUUUCUGCUCGGCGUACUCUUUCACAUCGUGCAAUGCAAGAUUAAAGCGUUGCUGCCAUCAAAGAAAUCUCCAGAGCCAUUAGUGCUGAAAUUUCAUCCUUGA